UGGUCAAAGUACUUAGUUUGGAAGCACUGGCGCGGGGCGAAGGAAUCACAACAGUUGCACGUGUAGGUCAUUUUUUCUGCUCUGAGAUAUGUCACGAAUUAUUGUUAAAAAUAUUCCUAAUGGGAUAUCCGAAUCAAAAUUACGUGAACAUUUUAGUCACUGCGGUAUCGUAACAGAUGUUCAAUUAAAGUAUACUCCAGAAGGCAAAUUCCGGAACUUCGGAUUUAUCGGAUAUGAAUCUGAAAUACAAGCAUCGCAAGCGAUAAGUCACUAUAAUAAUACUUUUCUUAGGAGUUCUAAAAUAACUGUCGCUGCGUGUGUGUCUCUAAGUGAAGUCAAAGAAAUUAAAUCUUGGAGCAAACACAGGAUUGAACAAACUAAGCAACAAAACGAGACCAAAUUUACGAAAAACAACUCUAAAAAAGCUGAUGAAAUUUUGCAGAAGCAUGAAAAUGAUCCUAUGUUCAAAGAGUUUAUUGAUGUUCAGCAAAAUGCAGUGUCGGUGGUUUGGGAUAAUCGAUUACAACAAAAUAAAGAAACUAAAUCUAAUCACGAUCUGCAAGAAAAAAGUCCCAUAGAAGGAGAAAAUGACCAAGAGCUAAAAACAAAGCCACGAAAACUUACAAACCUGUUCGUGGCAAAAAUUCAUAAUAUUCCAUCACAGAUAAAGCGACAGGAUCUGAUUCGAUUCUUUAAACCUGUCAAACCAUGCUCUAUACGGAUACCACCAAAACAAAAAGGAUUCGCAUAUGUGGGCUACAAAACGGAAGCGGAGUUGACGAAAGCGUUAAUGAAGGAUAAAAGUUUUCUCGGAGGAAAACAGGUUAAAGUGGUAGAUUUCACCGCUAAAGAUCGUCAACGAUGUGACGUAUCGAAGAAGAUCUAUAAGAAUGAACAUCCUAUUUGGAUUCGACAGAAGGAAUCAAUUUGCAGCGAUAGCAUAGUGGAAAGCGGAAAGCUGUUUUGCCGAAAUCUUGCAUAUUCAGUAAAGGAAGACGAUUUGAAACAUUUAUUUGAACAGUUUGGUCCUGUAGCAGACAUUGAUCUACCAAUCGACGUGAAUACUAGGAAACUUAAGGGAUUUGGAACAGUAACAUUUCUGUUGCCUGAGCACGCUGUUUUAGCAUACAAUAAGCUCAAUGGCACAUGUUUUCAUGGGCGAAUGUUUCACAUAUUACCAGCUAGAGUGGAUGAUUCUAAGCAUAUGAAUACACAUGAUGAUGGCUCCAGCUUAAGCUUCAAACAAAAAAAAGAACAGAAACUUCAAAAAACGGCCCAAUCUUCGCAUAACUGGAACACUCUGUUCAUGGGAGAAAAUGUAGUUGCAGAAAUCGUAGCAAAACGGUACGGAAAGUCAAAGGAAGAAGUACUCAGCACAGAUGGUGGCAUGACUAGUGCAGCUGUACGAUUAGCUCUAGGUGAAACAGAAUUCGUGAUGGAAAUGCAAAAAUUUCUGGAAGAUUGUGGAAUACAUUUGGACGCGUUUAAUGAGAGCUCCAGAAGUAGAUCAAACACUAUCAUUUUAGUCAAAAAUUUACCAGUGGAAACUAAAGCGAAUGAGCUCACCGAACGUUUUGAAAAAUUUGGGUUACUUGGACGAGUGAUACUACCUCCUUGUGGAAUUACAGCGGUUAUUGAAUUCUUAAAUCCAAGUGAGGCGAAAACAGCAUUUAAAAAAUUAGCAUACACUCGUUUCAAGUCACUUCCGCUGUAUUUGGAGUGGGCACCCGAGAACAUUUUCGACAAAUCGAAACAAUCGACAAAGUGUAAGAAUGCAAGUGAGUGUGAUAGGCAGCCAGAGGAGUCAAGUAAACUGUUUGAAUCGAAAAUUGCAUCACCCGCAAAUAACACAGAAAAUGACGCUGAGUUUGCAAAUACUGAGUCAACCAAUGUUCAUAUUGAGGAAGGUUCAACACUGUUCAUGAAGAAUCUCAGUUUCCAAACCCACGAGGAUACGAUAAGAGAUGUUUUCAGUAGUGUCGGUCCCAUCCAUUUGAUACAAGUUGUGCGUAAGAGAUUAGAUGAUCGUGUCGAAAGUAGAGGCUAUGGAUUUAUACAGUUCCGACACCGAAAAUCGGCGGAUAGAGCAUUAAAAAAUUUGCAGUUCGUUCAAAUAGACGGACGAAAAGUUGAGCUUUCCCGUAGCGAUCGAACGUUGCUGGCGGAAAAUGUGGGUUCUGGUAGGAAGAUAUCAAAGCUCAGAAAUCAAACCGGCACGAAGAUUUUAAUUAAGAACGUUCCCUUUCAAGCGAAUGCCAAAGAACUUCGAGAUAUUUUCAGUGUAUUUGGGGAGCUACGAUCGAUUCGACUGCCCAAGAAGCUGGUAUCCGGUGCAGAUGAAGGGCAUCGUGGUUUCUGUUUUGUCGAUUUUAUUACCGAAGAUGACGCUAAACGAGCAUUCGAAACAGUGUGUAAAAGUACCCAUUUGUACGGACGCCGUUUGGUGUUAGAAUGGGCUGAGGCAGAGGAUGGGGUGGAUGAUCUCAGAAAACGUACGGCUGAGAAGUUUACUGGAGUGCGAAGGGCGAAUGAUCCUAAACGUAGUCGCAAAAGUGUAUUUGAUUCAUCGCAGAUAAACUCAUUCGGUAGUAUCGAUGAGAAGGAAUUUUCUGAUGAUUUAACUAUAGAUGAUGAAAAUUAAUGUCGGCUGCUAUGAGAGUUUAAAUUAAAGAUUUUCGAGCGUCAAAAAUCACAUACGUUUCGUUUAUUAAUUCCAGAGGAAUUGUAUUUGAUUAAAGUUUUGAAGAUAAAUGUAUAUAAAUUUAUGUCGAAGCAGCAGUAAUCAUUGUUAUUAUUAUAUACCAACACUGAUAGUAACGUGGUUGUUGACCAUCCAUUUGAUAGUGUAGUGGAAACUACACAAACCGUUUAAUAUUACAUACAGCUCUUCUUUGAAUAUUUGGGUGUCGGUUGCAAUAUUGGAUGCUUUGAACGCUUAACCCGCAAUUGAAAAACCUAAAAAAUAGAAAGCAGAAAGCACACAAGACUUAUAGAAAAGAUAAAAGUGUUAUCAAUCUACAAAACUAUCUCGACAUUUGCAAUGACCUGAAAAUAGCAAUCAACUCGGCACACGAAGAAUAUAAUCUUAAAGUUGAAAGAAAAAUCUAAGAGCACCCAGAACAUUUAUUUAACUAUGUUGAAACAAAACUAAAGAAUGACAACCUUCCUUCCAAUUACUACCAUUGAUUCAAGUCGAAUAAAGAAAUAUUGUCGA